ACACACUGAAUAUAAAGAAGGCGUCAAUACUGCAAACUCCACAUCUCCAAGAGCACCUGAAAUCUUCACAAUUAUCUUUACAGAAACAGAGAUGAUUUUCUCUGCCCUUCUUGUUCUGGGCGUCUGCCUGGUUCCUGCUCACUCCAAACCAACAGGAGAACAUCUGGACAGUUCUCUCCUUCAACACUGUUUUGAGGAGGCAAAGAAACUCGUUGACGAUGCGUACAAGUACUCCAGAGAAGAGAGUCUGAGACGAGUCCGCAAGGAGGUGGUGCGUCCUCACGAUGCUCUCCGUCUUCUGAAGCAGCCUCGUGGUGACACACGCUCAGCCGUGAGAUCUGCAGACUACAUGGCACAAACCCUCCGUCUGCUGCAGGAGAGGGCGCAUCAUGUGCACAAACGCUCACUCAAUGCAACAGAUUUGCUCUCUGAAGAGGAUCUGAUGAAUCUUGCCAGAAUAACUGGAUGUGAGGCUCGAAUCAGCAUUCCAUCAUGCCGCACCACACCAAACAUUAACAAGUAUCGGACAGCCACCAGCGUCUGCAACAACUUAAAGAACACUCGCCUUGGAUCUUCAAACACCCCCUUCGCCCGCUUGCUGCCUGCCGAAUAUAACGACGGCAUCUCCCAACCAAAAGGCUUCAACAACCACACAAUAAACAACUUCUUCCUCCCACUGGUGCGUCAGGUGUCCAACAACAUCCUAAGCACAACAGACGCAGGCGUGGUCAACGACAGAGAAUUCACUCACAUGGUGACCUUGUUUGGGCAGUGGAACGACCACGAUCUCACCUUCACUCCCUUCUCCCCCAGCAUCCGCUCCUUCAGCAAUGGGAUCAACUGUGACGACAGCUGUGAGAGCACUGAGCCUUGCAUCCCCAUCCCGAUUCCUCCCGGCGACCCCCGCUCUCAGACAGAAGAGUGCAUCCCUUCGUUCAGAUCCGCCCCAGUUUGCGGAACGGGAUACUCGGCCUACAAUUUUGGAGGAGAAGCCAACAAGAGAGAGCAGAUCAACGCCCUCACAGCCUUCCUGGAUCUCGGCCAGGUGUAUGGCUCUGAGGAGAAGCUUGCCAUGUUUCUUCGCGACCAUCAGAGUGAUGGCGGCUUGCUGCGCGUGAACACAGAGUUCAAAGACAACGGGCGUGAGCUGCUGCCAUUCAACCCUCUCCCGGUGAACAUGUGUGCCACUCGCGGAAGAGUCACCAACGACUCAAACGCCAGAGAGGUGCCGUGUUUCAUUGCAGGUGAUGUCCGCGUGGACGAGAACAUAGCUCUGACCUCCAUUCACACAGUCUUUAUGCGUGAGCAUAACCGUGUGGCUCGUGCCCUGAAGAGAUUGAACCCACAUUGGGACAGUGAGACACUCUACCAAGAGUCCCGCAAGAUCUUGGGCGCUUACACACAGGUGAUUGUGUUCAGGGACUAUCUGCCUCACAUUGUAGGUGACGUCGCAAUGCGUACACAGCUCGGCCGUUACCCCGGCUACGACGCUAGCGUUGACCCCAGCAUCUCCAACGUCUUUGCAACAGCAGCUUACCGCUUUGCCCACUUGGCCAUACAGCCAGUCUUAUCCCGUCUGGAUGCAAACUACAGGGAGAACGCUAAUUUCCCCAAUGUCCCCUUGUUCAAGGCCUUCUUCGCCCCCUGGAGGAUCAUCUUUGAGGGUGGCAUUGACUCUCUGCUCCGUGGUUUGGUCGGCCGUCCUGCUAAACUGAACACUCAGGAUAACAUGAUGGUGGAUGCUGUGAGGGAGAGGUUGUUCCAGUUUGUGAUGCAUCUGGCUUUGGACUUGGGCUCUCUCAACAUGGCGAGGGGACGCGACCACGGCUUGCCUGGCUACAACGCCUAUCGCAAGUUGUGUGGCCUGUCUGAGCCCAGGAACCAGGCGGAGCUCGCUCAGGUCCUGAAUAACGCAGACCUGGCCCGCAGGCUGCUGCAGCUCUACGGUACCGCCGACAACAUCGAUGUCUGGAUGGGAGGCGUGGCAGAGCCGUUUGUCCGUGGCGGCCGUGUGGGGCCUCUGUUUGCCUGCCUCAUUGCAACACAGUUCGAGAAGAUCCGCCAGGGUGACAGGCUGUGGUACGAGAACCCGGGCGUCUUCACCGCGGCUCAGAGAACUGCUCUGUCCAGGGUCACCUUAUCCAAGAUCAUCUGUGAUAACACCGGCAUAAAAACUAUCCCCACUGACGCCUUAAGCGUCAUCUCAAACAGGAACCGGCUCGUCAAUUGCAGAACCCUCCGAAGCUUGAACCUGUCAUCCUGGAGGGAGAGACCCUGCAGAGGCGCGGGCUGUAAUGAAGUCGGAAACGAGACUGCAAGCGACCAGGCCGCCCAGGACGACCAGACCCCACCAGCCUCCCCGGCCCCCCCGGCCCCCCAGGGCCUCGAGGACAACGAGGUCCAGUAGGACCCCCGGGACCCCCUGGACCGCCAGCUUUUAACACAAAUGCUACACAGCCACAAUCUGCCUUUUCCGUCCGCCUGGGCGAGUACAACCCGUCCUCAGAAAAAAUCAUUCGUUUCCAUCAAGUCAUCUACAACAAACAGUACCAUUACAGCACUAAGACGGGCCUGUUUACAUGCUUCAUCCCUGGUGUCUAUCAGUUCAGCUUUCUCUGCACGUCCUUCAUCAAUGCCAAAAAUGUGGACCUGAGUCGUAACGGUGAGCCGGUGCUGCGUGGGUUCAAUAUUUAUCAGGGGGGUCACCACUUGUCAUCAGGGGACACGGUACUCCAGCUGGAGGUGGGAGACAAAGUGUGGCUGGAGGCCAGCGACGGGACAACCGGCCUGAGCACCAGAAGCUACUUCUCAGGACACCUACUCUACGUAGCGUGACACAAGAACCCACCAGGCUGAAGCACCACCCAUAAAUACACCAGUGGUCCGUUUGCUUCAGGUUUCAUUACUGAGCCUCUCUGCACUGAUCUUCCCUUUCCAUUAAUCACAUCACAUUUAAUAUCUAUUAUUAAUAAUUUACUUUUUUUCUCUUUUGGGCUGAUGGAACAGACUAGAGCACACUGUACAUGUUUUAUAUCUUUAAGAAAAAUUAACUGAAUUUGAUGAGUUGGAUCGUUUUAGCCAGCUAAUGAACGUGAAAUUUAUUGCAGCAAAUCUGUUUAACUCUGUUACAGCAUGCGAUCUAUUGGACCGAAAAUUAGACAGGAGCCAAUUUUGAUGUGGGAUUUACCAGUAUUAUUAUGAAUAUUUUGUGCACUGAUGAAAUUGAAGCGUGCCUUCAAAAUGUUGUGUUGUGCUUUUUCUAUGAGGCCUGUUUCCCUGUAACUUUACCUGUUGUAUUUUUCCAUUCUUUAAAUAAACCAAAGAAACUGAGCCAUAUUAAA